CAAGCAAUUGCGAUAUAAAAUGCAACUCAUUGCAUGGUCAGUGACUACAACACCAAACCUGCCCUGUGCUAAGGUCUUCACAAGAGUUCAUUCCCUGCUAGCUCGAACUCUUUGCAGCUUCAAUCAUGACUACAACACUGGAGACACCACGAAUAACGGAGCUCCAUGUAAGGAUGGACUGCAAUGGCUGCGGGAACAAGAUCAGGAAGACCCUGAGUGCCAUUGAUGGUGUUAGCGAAGUAUACAUAGAUCAAGCAACCCACAAGAUCACGGUGGUGGGGAUGGCCGAUCCUGAGAGGCUCGUCAAGGCCAUCAGGAAGACCAAGAGGGUCCCCACCAUCUUCUCUCACACCGACCCCGCCGCCACCGCCGCAGCCGAGGCUCAGCCGCCUCCCCCUGCCGAGGCCGAAGCCGAAGGGGAGGCCCAGGCGGCUCCACCACCUCCCGCCGACCCGCCAGCAGCCGACGCCGCUCCUCCUCCAGCAGCAGCAGCAGCAGAAGUAGAGGAGGCCGUACAAGCUGAGGCGCCGGCGCCAGAGAACAAGGAGGCAAAGCCGGCAGAGACCCCGGCGGCCACCGUGGUACGCACAGUACAUGACGGGUACGGCCAUGGUGGCCACCACAUGCACAGUGAGCACUGGGCGAAGGCGAACCACUCCAUGGACAUGCAUGGCGUCAGGUACGAAGCAUCACCUUACCUAGCCGAGUACGGCGGCUAUGGUGGUGGCUUUCCGGUGCAACAAGGCAGGUACUACAUCCCUGCAGAGUACUACCCGGCAAGGGGCAAAGGAGAUGACACCCAGAUCACUACUAUCUUCAGCGAUGAGAACCCAAACGCAUGCAGCAUAGCGUGAGAUAUGAGACCCAUAGUCCCAUAUGUAGCAAUCUGCUCAAGGAAUUCGUUUCUACAUAAACAGAUCAUCUAGGCCUAAUUUGGCCUAUGUACGAAUUAAUGGCCACUGUGUGAUUCAAAUAUUGGGUUUAUGUGAUGUAGUAAUGGAAAGGGAACAAUAAGAUGCUUAACGUGUACAUAGUGGGAGAUGAUUUUCCUGGCAGCAAUCACCACUAUUUUCACUA